CAUCUCGAACGAUACCGCGUGUAGUCCUUGAUUUUCUCUCAUCGCGAAAGUCUUCCUCAAGCUUGAUCAAAAACGAAUAUCAUUUUUGUCGUUGUACAUUUUCUCCAAAGUUAAUCGAUUUCAUUUUGACAACAGUAUCGAAAGUCAUCGAGUUCUUUUCAAAGUGUUCCUUUAAAAUUAACAUCGUUCACUUUCAUUAAUUAACUUUCUAAUUGAUCUGUGAUAUGAUUCGUCAUGUUGUUCUCAUUAUAAUCGACUUAUCCUGAUCUUUGAUUUAUCGAUAUUAUUAUUAUUUAUUAUACAAUAUUUGUUAUUCGUCCUUAAGGUAUGGCCAAUGUGAUGCCAUGGCUUCUUUCGAUGUCUCUUCUUGGUUUUCAACAAUUCGCAGCUCAUCCUGGCAUUGCACCGAUUUCACGAGAACUCGAAGCACCGAUUUUUCCCCUUCAUGACUCGUCAGCAGGUAAUCCGGUAUCGCAAGAAAAAUUAUCAACUCCAAAUUCGUGUGAUUCUUAUGGGAAUUCGUUGGAAAAUAAAUUAACAGGGACAACUGAAAAAAACAAUAUUCUUUAUGGUUCUAUACCAAUUACGGCAGGUCGAUUUUUCCAAUCAAAUAAUCAUGAUUACUCGAGAACCGUAGGCGAUGUUCUUAAGAACAAUGCCCAUUCGAUAAAUCAACUUGAGUUUCAUGAAUUUAAUUAUGAUCUCAAUCACGAGCCAGUUGAAGACGAGUACGUCGGACCAGCGAUGAGUUUGGUUUACGCUUGGUCGACCGUAGACUUUGAGUUCGAUAAUAUCGAAGAACGAGAUCAAGCUAUAUUUGAUGGUAAUUACAUAGCUGAAAAUAAUUUACCAUUAGGAUUAGAAGUAUAUCAAAACAGAGUCUUCGUCACUCUUCCAAAAUGGAAGGAAGGAAUACCAGUAACAUUGGCAACUGUUCCAAGAUAUUCCAAAACAAAGAGUCCAAAAUUGAAGCCAUAUCCUGAUUGGGAUUGGAAUAUGUCUGAUAAAUGCGAUGGUCUUACGUCAGUGUUUAGGAUACAAGUAGACGAAUGUGAUCGUCUUUGGGUUUUGGAUUCUGGAGUGACAAAUAUCGCGAAAAAACCAACGCAAAGUUGCCCACCGGUACUCUACAUUUUCGAUCUUCAAACUGAUAAAUUGAUCAAGAAAUAUACAUUACCACAGGAACAAGUAAAACAGGAUUCUUUGUUCACGAAUAUAGUGGUUGAUGUAAGAGAUGGAGAUUGUGGUGGCGCAAUAGCAUAUCUUUCAGAUGUCUGGAGAUUCGGUAUAAUCGUUUAUGACUUCUACAAGGAUUCAUCCUUCAGAUUCGAACAUCAUUUCUUCUUUCCCGAUCCUUUGGCUGCGAAAUACGAACUCCAUGGUAUAAAAUUCCAAUGGACUGACGGAAUCUUCGGCAUUGCAUUAAGUCCUAUCGAUAUUCACAACGACAGGACCCUGUUCUUUCAUCCCAUGUCGAGUUUCAGAGAAUUCGCAGUCUCCACGUCUGUCCUUCGAGACAAGAGAAUGGUCGAUCAUAAUACCGAUAAAUUUAUACCGAUUGGAAGACCAAGAGCCAAGGAUUAUGGUCAUUCGUCUGGUUCCGUCGUCGACAGAAACGGUGUAAUGUUCUUCAACAUGGUUACUCGUGACUCAGUAUGGUGUUGGGAUACGAGAAAGGAAUAUAUACCUGAGAAUUUAGGUGUAAUAGGUACCAGUAAUAUCUCAUUAGUCUUUCCUAAUGACAUUAAAGUCGAUCAUGAGGAAGAGCAGAACGUUUGGAUGAUCUCCAAUAGGUUACCGAUGUAUCUCUAUGAAAAUUUAGAUAGCAGCAAGAUCAAUUUUAGAAUCUUCAAGGCACAUGUUAAGGAUGCUGUUAAAGACACUAUUUGUGAUCCUGAUCACGUGGUACCUGAUUAUGGUCAGGGUUAUGAUGAAACUUGUUGAAUGUUGUAAGAAAUUCACUUGAAAUUUUGAAUAGUUAAAAUAAAACGAUCGAACAAAUUUAGCUUAUGUACAAUAAUUAUUAAGAUGAU